AUGGUGAACCAAGACCAGCAGGUGUGGUCGUACGUGCACCUGGCCCGGCUGCCACGUGCCGAUGAUGCUCUCCAGAUGCUACGGCGCGUCGCCUCAGCCGUGAAGCCGAUUAUGCGCAACCACCAAUGGCGGGUGGGCGAGCUCGCCGAGUUUUACCCUAACAAUGCCAACCUGUUGGGUCUCAACGUUAACCGAGGACAGCAAAUCUGCCUGCGGCUGCGCUACGCCAACGACCAGACGCUCUUCCUUGGGCUCGACAUGGUCAUCGAUACGAUGCUGCACGAGCUGUGCCACAACGUGCACGGCCCGCACAACGCUGACUUCCACGCGCUGUGGGAGGCGCUGCGCGACGAGCACCUGCGGCUGACUCUGUCCGGGUACAGCGGCGCCUCGUUCCUCUCUCGGGGCCGUCGACUGGGUGGUGGCGCACCGGCGGGGGUGUCUGUGUAUGAACGCGGCCGGGUCAUGUCUAACGGCGUGGUGGCCGUGGCCGGUCGUCGACUCGGAGGAGGAGGAGGAGGCGCCGCUGGCAGACCCGCGGCGCUGACGCCGGAGAUGCGACGCGCGGCGGCAGCCGAGGCAGCGGAGCGUCGCAAGAGGGCACUGGAGGGCUGCGGCGCGAGCACCCUCGACGAAGCACAGAUCAGGGACGCGGGGGCGACCGCGCGUCGCAACGGCUUCCGGACGCAGGCGGAGGAGGACAAGGCCAACGACGCGGCGAUUGCGCAAGCGCUUGCGGAGCUCAUGGGCGACGCAAGGGACUUGCGGCCUGGGCCGGCGAACCGGAGCCCGCCGGUGGCGGCACGGAAUCGUCUGCUAGCUACGGUGGAGCAGCAGGGCACAAGUCGCGGGCGGCGGCGUCGGCACGGGGACGCGCGUGGCGGUGCAGACGACGACGCCGGAUGGGUGUGCCCGGUGUGUACAUUGCAUAAUCCGGGCGGGUACCUCUGCUGCGAUGCGUGCCGUAGCGAGCGUAGGCUGGGCGAGGUGAUAGACCUCACAUAG